CAUUCGAUUUUCAAGUUCUUUUUCGUUUUUUUAAAGAUUUUUUUUGUUUGUGGUGUGUUUUUAAUUAAUGAUCUACGGCAGCCCAGCCCAGAGUGGAUGUUUUCAACUACAAACUGCAUUUAAAACCCAAUAAUCCAUAGACGAUAGACGAUAAAACUGUACUACAAGGAUAUUACUCGUUUGAGACGCACACACACAUUUGGCAGACAUUGAAAAUAUGGCGCUGCGCUUGCGUCGAGACGUGCAGAAGGCCUCGUACUAUGUGUGGUUCUUGGGCGCAGAGGAGGCCAAGGGAUUGCGAGGCCCACGCGUCAUCAAUUCGGUGCUGCCGUAUCUGGUGGACAGAUCGCGCGGCCAGGAGCCGCUGAAGGUGACGCUUCAGGUCUCCCACAAGGGCAUCAAAAUCGUGCAGGGGGCAUCAAAGCAUUUGAUACCACACAGUGCCAUAACCAGCUCCGUGCAGACCGACGAUAUCGUGGCCUGUGUCCUGCUGCUGUAUAAUCCGGCCACCAAGUGUCCGCUCCAUGUCCACGCCUACCGCUGCGACUCGGAGACAACGGCGGAGGCGUUGCACCAACAGCUGCAGGUCCUCAUCAAUCGUCCCGAUAAUCAAAAACGAUUCGAGGAGCUGGAAACAAGAUUGGGCAUUUUGCCGCCGCUUCCAAUCAGCAGCAGCAACAACAAUAACAACCAUCACAUUGGCAGCAACAGCAACGACAAGCGACACGAGUCGAGCACAAAGUCCUCCCAGCACCACCAUCAUCAGUCACAACAGUCGGCGUCCUCCGCUGGCUAUGCGGCCCACCAGAGUCGCCGCCACGAGACAUCAUCGCCGAAGCGCUUCAGCAGCUCCCUGGGCAGCGACACGGGCAACAGCACACGCGAGUCCGAGUGCAGCGAGGAGCAUGUCGUGGCCGGCUCACCGGUCUCCCGGUCGCCGCCCCACGGCAAGCACCAUGCGUCACAGCCACAUCCACACCCACAUCCGUUGCACCAUCCGCCACUGACGCCGCAGCAGAACAGCGAGCUGUUCGACUCGCUGGCCGCCGAGCUGCGGGCCAAGCUGAAUGGCAAUGGACCGCCGCUGCUGCUGCCGCCCCGCGACUACGACACCGUGCACCGCUCCAAGGGCAACCUGACGGCCAUCGAGCUGCGACGCUGUCGCAAUGCAUUGAUUGUGGGUGGCUCGCCCAAGGGUCCAGCGUCAGGCGGCGGCACGCCCCAGCCCCUGGCCACGGCCACGGCCAAUGCCAAUGGCAAUGGCAAGCAGGUGUCGUCGAGGGGAUCCUCGGGCAUUGGCUCCGAUCUGGCGCCCAGUCCGGAGAGGCAGGAGCUCAAUAGCUCCAGCGAUGACGAGCACUGGUCGAACGAGGCGGACAACUCGGUGAUAGCGCUCAAACCGUCACAAAUCGCAAUACCGCAUCAUGUGCAGCUGAAGCGGAAGAGCGCCGUGCAGCCGCCCGAGGAUAGUUAUCUGAGGGAUCUGCCGGCCAAGCCGUAUCAGCCCAGGCCCAGCGAUCGCGAAUUGGAAAGGGAGCGGGAAAGAGAACGCGAACGGGAACGCGAGCGCGAGCGCGAAAAGGAGAGGGAGCGAGAACGCACCAAGACUCCAGGCUCAGUCUCGAACAAGCCGUGGAAUCGUGAGGAUGACAUCAAGCCGAUCAUUAUGCGACCAGCCGACUACGAUGCAAAAUUCAAUCGCGUCAUGCAGCAGGAGCAGCCGACCGCACAGACGGGACAGCAGCAGCAGCUGCAGCUGCAGCCGGCCAAGCUGCGGGACACGGACAAGUACAAUGAGAUCAAUCGAUUGCUGAACAAGAAGCUAUCCAGCCAUGACAGGGAACGCGAGCGAAAGGGCCGCUCGUCCCGUCUCGAUGAGAAUCUGGAUGACUUUGACGAUUCGGAUCCGGGCAGUGGGCACGAGAAGCUGCCGCAGCACCAGCAGCAGCAGCACCAUCACCGCAAGGAGAACCUCACGGACAAGCAAAAGUUCAUGGAGUACACAACAAAGAAGCAGCAGCUGCAGCAGCAGCAGCAGCACAGCCACCAUCAGAUGCACAAGUCGUAUGCGGCGGAGGAGUCGCAGCGCUAUGGCGGCAGCCGUCAUCGCUAUGUAGAGCCAUCGGAGCUGCCGUUCGAGCAGCUGGCACAGCCGGCACAGGGCGGUGCUGGUCCACCAGGUGGUGGCCACAACAAAUAUGCUGCAGUGCAUCGGGGCUCGGAUCUGGGUCAGCGCACAACAGACAGAAGGCAUGAUCGAGAGCGUGACAGAGACAGAGAGAGGGGGGAGCGGGAACGAGAUCAUUCCCGGGAUCGUAAUCCAUAUCGCGAGGCGGAAAGCCUACCCUACAUCCAGAGCAUGGAGAAGAUGAUGAAGUCGACGGGCAUGCGAUACGGUGAACCGCCAAAUCCCGACCCACGCAAGCCACGCUCCGAGCGGGAACGAGAACGGGAACGGGAUAGGGACAGGGGAGACUUUGUGGCGCCACCAGCCAGCCAGGCAUCGCAGCGGGACCGCUUUCACGAUGCCAAGGACAAGUUCCGGGCCAUGGAGCAGCGGCCGGGCAGUCGCUAUGAGCUCGAUGAGCGCGAUAUGCCCGCGACCGUCGCCCCGUCCGUUCCCGAUGCCUAUAGAUCCUCGUCGCGUCGCAGACGCGGCUCUGUGGAGCCGCCAGCCACGUAUGAGCAGUGGAGCGAGGAGGAGGAGAUUCCACAUCUCGAGCGCAAUCAAUUGAGCCGAUCCCGGGCCCGUUCCCGCAGCGACUGGGAACCGGAGCCAAAGCCGCAGCCCCGACACGUACCCGAGCGACGCGACCGAGAGAGGGAGCGCGAGCGGGAACGCGAUCGGGAUCGUGACUACAAUCGCCGAGGGGAGGAGAUUCCACUGCCCCGAGAGCAGUCCCGGGACCCCUAUCGCCAUGACCGAGACCGUGAGAGGGAGCGGGAGCGGGAGCAGGAGAGAGCGAGGGAUCCGCACCAGGUGGGUCGCCAUCAGGUGCGGGCCCAUUCCCGCGAAUACUUGCAGCCGUCGGAGACCAAAUCGAGCUCGGGCUCGGCCCGGGGCCACCACAUCGAGCGCUAUCCCUCGCCCGCACCGACGCCAAGCAGCAGCAAUGGCAGAUCCGUGGAGGGUGGCGGAGGCGGAGGAGGAGUAGGCUCAUCGUCCGCUGCCGGCAAGCCACUGGCCAGCAUGCCCAAGGGCUAUCGUCACAGCUAUGCGGAGCCGGUGUUCGCCCGUUCCGGCGGACGCGUUGGCCUCGCUGCCGUCAAUCCCUACUAGGACGAUACCCGGUAGAACGCAAAGAACCGUGCAACGAAAUCCAUACUAAUCGAAUUGGAAUCACAUAAACAUAUAGAAAGUUAUAUAUAUAAAUAUAUACAAGCCUAUAAUAGCUAUAUAUAUCCACUUGUAUGCUAAGAGACGAUUCCACCCCAAAAACCCAAACCCAAGCCCAAGCCCCUGUCCAUGCUGACACUGACACUGAUAUAUAUACAUACAUACAUCUAUAUAUAUACAUUGUAACUAAUAUACUCAAUUCCUGGUCCCCAGACCUCCCUUUUAGGAGUUCGGCGAUGGACCACGAACGCAGUGGGACCCACACAAAAUGCGCCUUCAAUGGGCCGCCAGACCCUGUAAUUAUGUGCCUUCAGAGAGAUAUCUUGUGUGUUUUUAUUAUUUACUAUAUAUACAUAUAUACGCAUAAUACCUACUGAUUUAGCCUACGAUUAGUGUGUUAUCUAAUAGCGAACAGAACCAUUAAUAAAUCAAUCCAAUCGGAUCGCAUCGGAUCGUUCUCGUUUCUUGAUCUAUAUAUAUAUAUUUUUUUUUUUUUUGCUACCUUAAGUUGCGCGGUUGAUUGGUAUUUCCCCCACUCCCCUAUACAUUUUUUUUUUUUGUAUUUGCUAUACAGCUCACAUAUGAUAUGACAUCUGAUGAUAUCUGAUACCUGUGUGCAUUAAAUAGUUAAAUAUAUACCUUUAUACAUACAUAAAUACAUACA